AUGUCGCUCACUCUAAAACUAUCGUCUCUUGUUAUCCGUACUCUCUCAAAACCAAUUGCGAAUAGUAUCAAAGCUCAGGCCCGCGAACAUGAACGAUUCCGACGACUAUGUGUCUCCAUGGCACAGACGAUACAUCGCAUCGAUAUGCGCCUGAAGAUAGGUCUUCUACGAGAUACUGCAGCAAUUGAGGAAAGAGCCGCGAAAGAAGCAGCUGAGGCAGCAGCACGGAGACACAGAUCAAAAGUUCCAACAGCAAAAACGGAGGCCGAAAUUCAAGCGGAGAAACAGGCAACUGAGGAGGCAAAGAAAAAAGCAAUCGAAGAAGUGAAGUCAAAACCGCUGCCGCGGAUACGACCGUUAUCCGAAUCCAAAGCGAUCGAUUCUGGUGCGACUUUCAUCAGUGAGACAUUCCUCUUUUUGGUGGCUGGUGGUUUGAUCGUUUUCGAGUCAUGGCGCUCGAGACGCAAGGAAUCAAGCCGUCGAUCCGAUGUUCAGGAUCGAUUGGUCGAGUUGGAAGAAUCAGAGAAAGCUGCUCGAAGGGCAUUGGGUAUACUUGAGAAAGAACUUCUGGAACUCAAAGCUCAACAGGGGAAACUCUCCACAAAACAUAUGAAACGCAUUCUUCCCCAAGAAGUUUGGGAGGACGAUACACCAGAAGUUUCGCCCAAGAGUCAAGAAGACCAAGGCUGGCUGUCUCGGGUUUGGUCAUAUUUCCCCUCUUCCACCAGCACUACUCCGGCUCCAUCAACUCCAGUUGCAUCGACAACACCCGCACCGAAAAAAGAAGAACUGACCUCAACGUCAGCUACCACAGAGCCACCACAUUCUAUAAUACCUACCCUGUUGAAACCCGGGCAUUCAGCCCCAUCGCCAAAGGAGUCGUAA